GAGGGUGUCGGGAGCAUUAGUGCUGCUGACCCGGUGCCGUCCAUCGGCCCUCAGUCACUCUUGGCUGCACAGGACACGACCUGCCGUUUCCAAACCCGAAACCCCUUCCUCCUCCUUGGACGACUCCUGGGGGGGUUUCGCGAUCUGCCCGUCCCGCACCGCGAUACGUGCCCGUGGGGGACGGUAACCGGCAGCUGCCCGCAGCAGCCGCGGUGCCUCCCGUCCUCAGCAAGGAGCCGACGCACCCGGGAGGAGGCGCCGUGCGGGGCCCGCGCAGGCGCACAGCGCCACCUGACCCGGCGCCCUGCGGCGCUGGGCCUUUGAGCAGGAGCGGCGCUGGGCCCUGACGCCUCAGCGGCGGCGCGGGAAGCAGGAAGCGGCCUUGGUGGCUCCGCCGCCUGUCGCCACGGGUGGCGGCGCCGGUCCCGGUGGGAUCCCCCUCUGGAAGCGUGGUGGCCAGAACCCUCCCUGGGGUAGGAGAUGGUAGCUUAAAGAUGGAUGCACCCAAAGCAGCUCAGCCUACAGGAAGCUUCACAUGUCAGCUGUGUGACUUGACAGCUCCAUACACGUACUACGGGCAGAAGCCACCCAACACACGCUCUAUUGUUAGGGAUAUUUUCACCAGAAACUAUGCAGUUACAACUUUGUGUGCAGACAUGAAACUCCCCGUAAAAUGAAGCUCUUAUCUGUAAAUGUACAAGCAGCUCUGUUGAGGCCAUCCCAGUCAAUGAACCCAUCAGGCAAACAUGGUCAGGAACUUGCCAGAACUGAAAGUCAGGCUUUUGGAAGAAUGCUAUGUCAUGAAGGAUCCUUUCACUCCCGACAAGGACAAAUUCCUCAUCCUUGGGUCUCAUUGCAGUUUGUGUAACAGAUCAGUGUGCGUUGGUACACUUAAAGUAUUAAGGAUACCAAGAGACAAAAAACAAUGGGCUCUGGAGGUUGUGCAACUGAAAUCCAGUUUCAGGGCUUUGCAGACACCAAGGCCUCACACUGACGCCGAACGUGAAGGGGCCUGGCAGUCAGUGCAGAAAAGGACAAUAGAUGAAGAGAAGUUGUUCCUUGGGCUUGAAAGUCGCGCAGAGGCGGGCUGUUUGUGAUUUUGAUGUAAUUUUGAUGUAAUCAUCUGCUGAAUCUGCUGCUGAAGUCCAGAUAGUGACAUGGGAAACAAAAGCAAGAGCAGACACGCAGAAAUACCCAAGCCGUUGGGGAGACGCCAGCUCCAAAUGGCCAUGGCAAGAGGAAAACUUUGCUAUUUAGGUAAAACGCAUGGAAUCCAUUACUGCCCAAAAAGACGUCCUGAACCAUCUGAACUGAUGUCUUUAUUCAUGCUUAAAUCCCCAAGAAUAAUCCAUCGGCAACAGCAGCUCCAGCUUACCCAUUAAAUCCUGUUUGGAAUUCAGUGAUCAGCACAUCAGGAGAACCGUGGACUUCAGUCUUGCUACAGGGCAAAGUAAUAACACAUUAACAAGCUUCUCUUUCAAUUGUCCAAACUCUGUACUGCAAGCAGAUUAAAAUAUUCCCUCAGUUUU